AUGCUGGGAAAUGGGAUCACCAUCGUUAUCACCAGCGCGAAAGCCGUUCGAGAGCUCAUGGAGAAACAAAGUGCAAUCACCGUUGACAGACCUGUGAGCCACUUUGGCUCCCAGAUUGUCGGUGACGCAGUCAACCUAGCACUCGCACACUACUCCGACGAAUGGCGUGUAUUGCGCAAGACUGCAAAUUCAAUUCUUACACCUCAGAGUGCGAUGAAGCAUGUUCCUAUACAGCGAGCAGAAUCCUUCCAGCUCGUAUACGACAUAAUGAAUACACCUCAGCGGGCGUGGUGGCACCUCAGACGUGCAUCCAACUCUGUCGCUUUGUCGGUUCUGUAUGGACAACGUGCUCCAAGUUAUGAAUCGGAGGAAAUAUCGUCGCUCUUUGAUGUCGUGCAACUCACGUCUGAGUUGUUUGACCCCGGUGCUCACCCUCCGGUAGACAUGAUACCCGUCCUGAAACUUGUUCCCGAGAGAUGGGCGGCUUGGAAAUCGUUGGUCAAGCGACUCCGUCAUUUGCAACGCGCUCUAUAUCUCCGCCUUGUCAAGCACUGCGAGAACAGAGUCGCGAACGGAGAAGGCUCUGAGCAGGAGCCUUUCAUCGAUCGAGUCAUACGUAAAGAAGGGGAAUAUGGUUUGACGAGAGAAAUGACGACAUAUCUCGGUGGCUUACUUCUGGAGGCGGGGAGCGACACAAGCGCGUCGUUUAUGCAAUCUUUUGUACUCAUGAUGGCAGCCUUUCCCGACGUACAAAAACGCUUGCACGAGGAGAUUGACCGCAUUGUCGGCCCUGAGCGUGUCCCUACUUUUGAGGACUUCAAUGCUAUGCCAUAUUUGCAGGUGUGGGAAACUCAUGGUAACCCUCGCAUUGCGCUUAUCACACCUUCGAAGGCGACAAUCAAGGAAGUACAUCGUUUCAGACCGGUCGCGCCCUUGGGCGUGCCACAUGCUACGUUGGAGGAUAUGACCUACGAGGGAUAUCUGAUUCCACGCGGUUCCACGAUGAUCGUCAAUUUAUGGGGUAUCUAUCAUGAUUCCGACGUCUUUGAGGAUCCGGAAAUGUUCAGCCCCGAUCGGUAUCUGAAGUCUGAAUAUGGCACCAAGUCGGAUGUCGACCCAUCCGAUUUCAGACACUCAAUGCCUUUCGGUGCCGGAAGGAGAAUCUGCCCCGGGCGACACCUCGCUGAUAAUACGAUUAGAAUUAAUACUAUGGAUCUCAUCUGGGCGUUCAACUUCGCUCCUCUUGUCAAUGAUGCCACUGGAAAGCCAGAGCCCGGAGUUGGCACUGGCCCGAACCCAUUCAAAUGCUCGAUCAAGCCUCGUUCUGCCCGACAUGCCGAUAUCAUGCGCAACGAAUUCACGAACGCCAUACCUCUCUACGGUCCUUACGAACAGGGCCUUAGCAGCGAGGAGAAAUCUUGGCUGGCAAAGCAGAGGGUCUCUCAGGUCUGA